AUGCCUCCUAAGCCGAACAAGCCUCUGUUACUAUAUUUAUCGGCCGACCAUGAAUUAUUGGGUUGCAUGCUCGCCUACGAAGAUGAAGGAGUAGAAAGAGCGGUUUAUUAUCUGGGUCAAGGAUUGACCAAUACAGAAAUCCGCUAUACCGACAUAGAAAAAAUGUGCUUAUGCCUUUACUUCACAUGCUAUAAACUUCGGUAUUACAUGCUACCGGUAGUGGUUUAUGUUUUGUCUAAGACCGAUAUCAUCAAGGCGGUAAAAGGGCAAGUCUUAGCCGAUUUCUUGUCAGAUCACCCAUGUAUUUCCCUAGAGGAGGUGAAAGUGAAUUAUAUUGAUGUAACCACUUGGAGAAUGUGGUUUGAUGGAUCCAGAAGUAGCCAAGGAGCAGAAGAGGAAAUUCAUAUUAUGUUUCAAUUGGGGGCAGCAUAUAAAGUAUCCUUCGCCCUGAAUUUUGAGUGUACCAACAAUCAAGCCGAGUAUGAAGCUUUGAUAUUUGGUUUAGAGAUAUUGGCCGAGCUGGGGGCAACUGCGAUACACGUAUGGGGAGAUUCCUUGUUAGUCAUCAAGCAGGUGAUUGGGGCAUUCAAAUGCGAGUCUGAGCUCCUGGUCAGAUCCGACAACUUCAUAGCCAAUGACUUGGAUCAGAACAGCAGUGGCUACAAGGCUAACUUCGAGGCAAUGGAAAGAGAAGCGCAGAAUCUCCAUACUGGGGGCAUUACAAUCGAGGAAGUCCUUGUGGGCGAUCUCUACAAGAAGGUAUUUGAAGGAUUGUUAUUUCGUUGUAUCGGCCCUAAAGAAGCAAUGUUAGCAGCGACCAAAGUUCAUGAAGAGAUAGCGGGAGCUCACUAG